AUGCCAAAUGAUCAUCCUACCGAGCUAAUUUCCAAGGAAGAUGAAAGCGAUUAUUUGGAAGCUGCCAAACAUGGCUAUAAAGACGGAGUUCGACACGUCCUCAGUUUGGGUGUUCACCCAGAUGCCAUCCGUACGCAGGAAGAAGAAACUGCGCUGAUGCUGGCAGCCAACAGAGGCCAUUGCGACGUUGUUGAGGUGCUGCUGCAGGCAGCUCCAGACACUGACAGGAAAGAUAAG